AUGAAGCGAAUCAUCACCCAUUUCAUGGGAAAUAUCUCGCUUGAGCUUACUAACCUAGAAUCAGUUGCGGACAGUUUGGAUGAGAAACAAGGCGAUGAGGCUGGCAAUCCAUCUACAAUCACACAAGACCUUGCCCUGGCCAAGGAUUACUCCUUAAAUCCCCUCUCUACAAAUACCAUGCAUUACUCCGGGGAGCUUUCCCACUGGAACUUUUCGAAAAUGCUGGAGCGCCGACUUCAAAGUCUGGGCAACGCCACCAAGCCAGGAAGGAGCGAGGAUGCUGGGCAGCCUGAUAACGGCUUCUUUCGCGCAACAGACUUACAGUCUUCUGGCUCGUGCAUAGCAUUGGCCAAGCAGUAUUUUCCACCAAGGCCCAUCGCCGACUUCUUGGUCAAGACAUUCCUAGAGUAUGCUUUGACUAAUUACUUCUAUUUCGAUCAAGAUAUUUUCCAUCGCAAACUAGAAUACUAUUAUGACUUGGAAGGGUCGCUGACUAUCAAUGACGCUGGCUGGGUCUGCACCCUCCUCAUGACAUUUUCCAUUGGUACACAAUUCGCAUAUAUGCAGACAGGCCCAAUCUUGACGAAUGAAUUCGCCAAAGUUGAUAUUGAAGACGAUAACAUUGGAAUUCAACUUUAUCGGUUCUGCUGCCGACUGAUUCCGGACCUUAUUACAACUGCUAGCGUCGAGAGUGUCCAAGCAUUCCUUCUCAUGGGAUCAUAUACACUACCAAUCGAUACGUCCGGCCUAGCAUAUACAUAUUAUGGUCUGGCAAUAAAGAUGGCAAUACAGAACGGAAUGCACAGGCAGUUCCCUGGGGAAAACUUCGACAGUCGAUUAGUCGAAGCGAGGAAUCUCGUAUCAGUAUUUUACAUGGUCGCCCCGCCUCCUUUUUCGCCCGCCGAGACCGACACGCCCAUGCCAAAGGAGCUAGCAGGCUUCCAAUCCACCGACUAUCGGUCAAACUUGCCCAAUUUUUCUGCCGCAGUCAUUCUUACGAAGCACCUGGCGAACGCUUCGGAAACUAUCAAAUCUUUACGCAGCUGCAGCAGGCCGAAACAGCAGAGAUAUCUCAAACAGCUGGCCGCCAUGCGUGAUCGACUUGGCAACUGGUGGUCUAGUCUCCCAGCCCAGAUUCAUUGCAGAGAUCUCAGCCAGGAUGGGCCUCUCUUCCGAUCAAACAUUCAUCUUGAGAUCUAUUACAUCACUACUAUUAUAUACAUUGGCCGACCCUUCAUCAUAUCCCCAGUCCAAGGGCCUGGAAAUACCACAACACAGACCAAUACAAAUGCCCAAGACGUUCCGGAUGUCAUCAAGAAACUACGCGACGACUCACUCAACGCAGCUAUUCGGGGAAUAGAACUGUGUCAAAUCUUACAAGAUUCCGUUGGUCUUGCUCGUGUUUCAUAUACCGAGUUCAGUGCAUGCCGCAUUGCGUUGCUUGCUUUGAUUGCUCACAGUCUCAACGAACAGACGGCAGGAAUAUCUACCGCUCUCACACAGGGAAUGGUAAUAAUUCGAAAAAUGUGCGUUGGGCUCGAAUCUGCCAAAUCCGAAGUGGCGGUAAUUGAAGCACUUGAUAGAGCCCGCCAACGGUUAUAUGCCCCUACCAGCCUAGAGGACAAUCGCCCGAUACAGUCCGCAGCGGGAUAUGAUCAAUUCCAGGAGUGGGCCAAGCUUUGGCGAGCCGAUCCAAUGAUGGAAACAGCUGCUGUCAGCCUUGGGGGAAAUGCUAUUCCGAUCGAAGAACAAACAAAUCCCACAGUACCUUCAUUCGAUGGAUUCUUUUCCUCGUUUCCCGACGAGCUUUGUGAGUUUACUGCCAUUCCGGGGCUCAGCGGUGAUGUUUCAUUGGGCCAGGAGUGGUUGAAUAGCUCACAGCCCGAUGAUAUCAUAUGGAACACAGGAGGUACCUUUGAUAUGACUGGCCAUACACAGUGA